UACUGUCUGUCCUCGGUUGUUCAUCGACAAAAUCCCGGUACCCUUUUUGGCAACAUCCACAAUAGCAUUGCUCAACGUCGAAGCGGAACUGUCCUGAACGCUUGCCACGUAGCUAGCGCGUUCUUGGUCUUGGACUACGACUUCGACCAUCCCAAGAAACUCGUCUCGAGACUAUGGCUGCUCCCCAGCGCCGAAAGAAGUUGAUCGGACGCCGGCGUCGUGUAGAAGAUGAAGGAGAUGAGGAUGCAGGUCUCGAUCAUCUCGAACUUGAUGAUGACUCCCUGAGCGAAGGCUCAUUUGGGUCAGACGACAUCGAUGCAGGGGACGACAGCGAUACUAGCAACGUUGACGACGGAUCCACUGCCGAAAUCCAUGGCGACAAGGCCCAUGGCCGCAAAACUCACGCAAACGGGAAGAAGCGGUCGGGCCAGGGGAAGACGGCACGGGACCAAAGCAAAGCGGACCAGCAACAUGUGGUCAAUGGGCUGGACGACUCGAAACACGCGGACCAGUCGCAAGCACCAGAAGGAGGCACCACAGAACAGACGACAAACCACGCCAAUGCGCCUAUUGUGGUCUCCUCGAGUGCUGCGCCAGGUAGCCGAGACCAGUCCGUUUCUCGUGACCGGCCGAGGAGGGAACAUGAUGAGUACCGUCGGAAGCGGGACGAGGAUCCGGCCUUCGUGCCCAACAGGGGGGCCUUCUUCAUGCACGACCACCGGCACGCUGGCCCAUCUGCGAAUGGUUUUCGUCCUUUCGGAAGAGGUGGCCGUGGCCGUGGUCGAGGCGGCAUUGGAGGCCCCUUUGCUCCGAUGAGCCAGCAUAUACACCACCCAGCAGACCCUAUUGUGAGCGCUCCUUGGGCUCAUGACAUGCAUGACAUUGUUGUUCAACCGCCGUCGAUGCGACCGCCAAGGCAUUCCCUCGCCAACGACACUCCAGUCCAUGGCGAUGGCUUCAUCCCCACCUGCCCCACGAGCUCGGAACCGAUCAACCGCAACAUGUCUCACGAGAGGCUUCUCGGCAAUGUCCAGAUCAGAGUCUUCUUUGCUCCUCUAAAGGAGCCGAAAGUCUUCCAAGGCAUACCGGUCAAGCAGUACACCAAAUUGCCCGACCAUAGACCACCAUUGCGACGCGACAAACCCGUCCGGAUAUCGCUUCCAGACCUGCCACCGCGCUAUGUCUUCCCCGCUACAGACCGCUCCUUCAUCUUCAUACCUCGUGCGCUCCGCCCCAACCAGCAGCGCCUAAGGGGCAAGCCGAGAUCUGGUCUUGGUUCGGUCGGUGGGUAUUCCAGGAGGACAAGCAUAGUGGGAGGCAGCUACUAUGCGGGCAGCGCCUACUCCCCGAGUGUCGGCAUGAGCCGACGGUCCUCGGUUGUCAUGGACAUGGGCCGGGCCAUGAUUGCUUCGCCGACUGGCUCUGCGAUCUCCCGAGCUCCGAUGGCCCACGACUCGGCCCGCCCUGUUGUGCGCCUGCCGCCACCCAACCGUCCAGAUGCGCCCGCCGUACGGCCAGAGGAUGCUACCACACGACCUUAUCCAGGAGCCGCGCCCUUUGGGAGCGUGGAUCCCGCGCAGCCUCGUACUCAUCCUCUGCCUCAGAAACCGACUUUUCCGGACAAUCGCAUGGUUCAGCUUCCCAUGCACCAGCCGCGGCCGCAGAAGCACCUGUCUGUUGCUGACAUUGAGCCACCCGCCCAGCAGCACCCACCGAGUCAGCCGUACGAGCAGGCGUUUCACCAACAAGUGCCCGUACAGGUUUCCAACACACUCGAGCACUCCCGGCAUGCCUCAUAUCCUUCGCAGCAUUCUACCGGGACACCGUUGUCGCAGAUUCCUGAACGUGCGAUCCACGCGGCGCCUUUCCACCCGACGCACUUUUCACAGCAGAACUACUACAAUCCUCCUUACCAGAUGAUGCAACCCCAAUACGGGCAGUACUACCCCCAUGGCCAGUACCCCGGGCCAGGCAAUGCAAGCAUCCCAGGGGUCAACUAUGCAUCUGCCAUGCCGCCGUCUCAGCCUCAAGUUGAUGGCAACCCUGGACAAGGGGGGCCGAAUCUUGUUGCACAAGAAGUCAAUGGCAUGGUUUACUACUAUGAUGCCGCCCAGAUCCCGCCAAUGCCCUCAUACAACCCUUACCCUGCGCCUCCGCCUAACUAUCCCGUGCCCGGUGGUCAUGGCAUGAAUGGGAUGGUGACACCAAGCCCGGAUGCCUUCUAUUACCCGCCUUCAGGGACUGUGUACUACUCCUAGUGUAUUGUUCCGGUCCCCCUGGCCGAUGUCAAUACGGACCGGCCUUGGGCACGAAGUCGGUUGGCAUUACAACAUCCUUCCGGAAGCUGAGCGGCUCGCCUGUGGUGGCAUCGAGGACAGGCGAGUAUCCUCUCGGAGACAUGAUAUCCUGCGCUACGACAUUUCACACCAUCGGAUGCUCUACCUACCCAUAUGAGCAGGCACCUCUUGUGGCAUUUCCAACAAGCUGUGUGAUUCUCCUUGGCUAAAGCGAGCUUGUUGUUUGGGUUUCGAC